UUCCCUUGUUGUUCAACGUUCUGUGACCUUCCAAAUAAAUACCUCCAUUCCAGUUUCUCUGUUUUUCAUUUUUGACUGCAGAUCAAGUUGCUUUUGCUGGUGUAUUCCAUUUGACAUGUCUCUUCCAUAUCAAAAGUACCAAAGUAUCACGUACAAGUACAUCAUCCCAGUCACGAUCCCCGCCUCGCGUAAAUAAGCGAGGGAGAAACCCCAGUUCUCGUCAUUGUCCCUAAGCGAAGGCAUUUGCCACGAAGUGUCAGAAGGCCAACCUUCGGUCGCAAUUACUUUCCCAGUCGCACAGUCUCCAUUGGGUUGCGACAAUCCAUUCCCACCUCGUUGGCAGUUCCCUUACCUUGCAAUGUCUCCCUGACGACACGCUUUCGAGUCUCUGAAUCCAGUCCUCCCGUUGCCAGAGAUGCCACCGAAUGCUACAAACGUACAGCCGCCGAGUGCUCAGGCUGGACGUGUACCCAAUUUGACCUAUCGAAAUGCCAGUCCUGAAAAGGACCCAGGACCACUGCGCGAUAUCUCGAACCUGAACGACGACCCGGUAUCAGACAACCACAAAGGCAAAGGGAAGGAACCAGACGUAAAAGAAGAUGCUGCCGAGGGACAAGGAAAACCUCGACUCACGAUCAAACAAUUGCGGGAGGCGGCUCAAAAUGCCGUUCAAACUCAACAAGAACAAGAAGAACAACCAACAUCACCGCAGCCACAGCAGAGGAAACGAUCUUCAAUAUUCGGUUCACUCUUCCAGGUCAAAGAACCUACACAAGUGGCUUUGAACCAGGUCGCUGCACAGAUGAAAGCCCAGCAUGGCUCGACCAAUCCCACCAAGGUUCCAAACGUGAGACUGGAGAAAAUGCCCGAGUACGUUCCCAAGGUAAACACAAAAUGGGACGGGAUACCGGAGAGCGUCAAGAAGAUAGAGAAGGAGAAGAAAGCAAGAGACAAGGGACAGGCUUCCAAGCAAGAUACACUCGGUUUCUCCGACUACUCAAUGUACCAAAACCGCGGGCGUGGACAGCUCAACAGCCGAAAUUCCAGCUCGACCACAGGAUCUUUUGGAAGUCGUGGAAGGUCGAGUGGAUCUUACAGCAAUUCGGCACGCCCUCAUUUCUAUGCUCACUCGGUCAACUCGUCUGGCGACCUGGCUUCACAGCAAAGGACAGAUCGUCCGCCCCACCGUGCUGCUUCUCUUCAUUCUCAAGCAGCCAGCAAUACGUCUGAAGCGAGCUUUCCGGGUCCCUCACCUGAAAUUCCGCGCCUGGCUGGUCUUGCGCCCAUUGAUGAGCCGCCUUCCCCCAAAUCACGACUGUCGCCAGGCAUCGAUACUGUACCAGCGCGUUCGACCUCCCCUUCAGCCACACCACAAGACAAGUCUCCCUUGGCACCGUCUGGAUGGGACUCUCUCGAUCUGUACUCCCAGCAGACUGCCGAUAUCUCGGGACGGGACAAAGUCACUCUAACAUCGUCUGGGCCUGGUGUUCUCGGGCCACCUACUGCCUUGAAGAGCACACGCAAAUCUGUGGCUUCGGGAUUCAUUGGUGGCGAGGCACGAGGACUGCUUAUCUCUGACGACGAGGAUAAUGACAAAGGGGGAGCACCCAGGUCGGACUUGCCACUCCGAAACAGGGACGCAGGUGGACGUUCACCAGCAACACCGUUGCCAGCAGGUCCCCAAAAGCCAAGUCAGGAGAAACAAAUCGACAAUUCUCGAUCAAGGCUUGCUUUGCGAUUGAGAGACGAUGAUACACCACGGGAAAUGAAGAAGUCCCCGGUUGGUAGUCCUAGACAUGCAUCUGAGAGUGGUGUGUCGAGUCCACGCACGAAGCUGUCCAAGUCUUUCAGUCUUCUCGGAAAGGGAAAAGAGAAAAAGGCGACAUGACAUUAUGUGUGUGUGUUAUGAAUCAUUGAGACUACAUUUACUUGACGACAAUCUUUUCAUCAUUGCACACUUCUGACGACAUCAACCAUUUCAGCGAUAGCGAGGGGGCAAUUUAAAAGAUGGUGUGUUUAGCAAGGCGCCUGGAGCUGGGAUGAUAUGUUUAUGCUUAUGAGCGACGAUCGUUUUAUGAGAUGUGAUGAACGGGGCAGCUGUUGCAGAUAAGUCUAUAGCACGUCGAGAAUGAUGAUAUGCUUGUUGUGUCGGUGAGCACCUACAUUGAGGCAUGUUGAAAUGCA